AUGCUGCGCUUCUGCCCCCAGGUACCGCAUUGUAUACUGUUCCCGCUGAUGUUACUCCCAUCACUGCUUAGCACAGGGAACUUCCUAUACAUGUACCCUGACUGGGAAAACUACCAUGGACUUGGCUUGGACUCCAGAACUUUCCAUCAUCAUGAAGACCAGAACCCAAGGCAUAUGAGGCACCAAAGGAAUUCGAAUCAGGAACCAUGCCUGGCCACUCCUGACAUCUACUUUGUUUUGGAUAAGUCUGAUCGCAUGGCGCGCGGCUGGCCCUACGUUUCCCAGUUUGUGGAGGAUAUGGUGCAGAGAUUAUCAAACCAGGAUCUGCGGGUGUCAUUCAUCUCCUUCUCCUGUAAAGGCAACAUCAUCCUGCCUAUCACUGGGAACAGAGAAGAAAUCAAGAAGGGUCUUCAAAGACUGAAGAAUACUAUACCUGCAGGACAUGAAGAACUUUUCCAAGGAUUGUGGAAGGCAAAUAAACAGAUAAAAAAGGUCAACUCAGGAGGUGUCCACCGUCCCAGCAUGAUCAUCUCCGUACUCUUCAGCCCUCUGGAUGAUAUUACCUAUAAUUAUUCGUUGGAAGAGGUUGAUACCAUUCGGAAAAUGGGAACGACCAUUUACAGUGUGGGUCUGGGCCUGUCUGAGGAAGAUCAGGUAAGAGUCCAGGUGACCACGUGCUCCUCUGAGCCCCAGCUGAAGAACACCCUCCCAGAGGUAGUCCUCUCAUUCUCCCGGGGAUGUGGGCAACAGGUGACCACUGCUGCGAUAAGAGGACUGGCAGGAAAACCAGAAAAUGCAUUUCCAAAUAAGAAAGCUGAGGAAAUGACGGACCUCAUUACCCCGUUAGCUUCCAAGAUCUGUCCGUCCCUUACAUCUUCAGACACACGCUUUAUAUGUAUGGGAGAAUCAACCCCAGUGGUACUUCGUGGAAAAGGCUUUGACUUUGCCAUGAGGAAAGAAGAUGUUAUUUGCAGGUUCCAUUUCAUGGACAUAAACAAGACUUUCACGGAUUUCAAAGCCUUCAAUUUAACCAACACGACUGUUACGUGUCCUGGGCCGAUUGUAGGUGAACCAGGAAAAAUGAUCCAUGUUGAACUCAGCCUGGACAAUGGAAAAAACUUCAUGAAUAAAAAUUUAUACGUUGCCAGCAAAACAUGUGAUGUAUUUCUGGAGGUGGUGGCAUCUAACCUUUCCUUCUCACAGGGUGCAACUUUCCCACCUACAGUUAAACCCACCACUAGGAGGCACACAACUCCGAGCACUUCUACAACUACCACAACUCCAUCUAUCAAGACUAUACCUACCAUAACAACUCUACCGACAACUGAAAGCCCCACCACAGAGGUACUGAAGCCAAGCAUUGGUGGAUACAUUUUUUCUCCUAUAAUCCUGUUCCUGGUGCUGACUACAAUGCUGGCUGGUUGUUUCUGGCAGCUGUGCUGUCAUCCGCCUGUCGAGGAGGAGCUGCCUAAGCCAGAACCACAGCCCAGAGAGAAGAAACAGCCCCCUCUGCCAGUGUCUCUUCCGCCUGAGGACCCCUCUCCCAUUGUGAUCGUCUGCUGCUGUGAAUGUUGUUGCUUGUAUGUGAGCAGUGACACAGAGCUGCUCCAGGUUGCAGAUGGUUCCCUCCUGGGAUCCCACAGCCCUGCUGCCAGUCCCAUCUACGCCGUGGACCUCUGA